AAGGAGAUUAGAAAGGUCUGGAUGUGAACUGAGAGCAACACAGCACUGCAGGGGUUAUUUACCGGACCUGGCAAAGACUUCCUCUUCCACCGAACAAGAUGAGUAAAGGCACCGCUGCUAUUAAUGGCGCUGCUAGCCCAGCCCUCGUCAACGGUGGCUACGCUCACGUUAAUCAUGUGAGCCACAGAUCACAGAACGGAGACUGCAAGGGCAGACUGAGGUCAGGACAAGUCCGACCACUCAGCCAGGUGCCCGGGGAGCGCUCUCUGCUAACAGUCCCCGCCUCAGGUGUGACCCCCGGGUCUCACCAGCGCCGGUGGUCAGCUGACUUCAGCAAGUGCUUGACCACUGUCAUUGUUGUGAGGAAGAACAAGAAGGAGCCGCGGCCUCCUCAACGACGAGCGUCUCUCCUCAGCCUUCACUCGGCAACUGAUGCUUCAUCCAAACGCUACUCCUGCCCCCCCAUCGGGGUCUUUAGCUCACCAAGUCAGUCCUCAUCUUCCUCUUCCUCCUCCUUUUCCUCCACCAGCUCAUCCUGCUCCUCCCCUCCUCCCGUGCAGACGUCCUUCAUCACGGGCCGCGACCCUCUGGGCUGGAAGGUGCAGCCAAAGUCCAGCUUCACAUCCCCGCGGGAUCGCACUAAAAGGCUGUCUCUGCAGAUUCCCCUCCCCGUCGUCUUUCCUGACCCCAAACUUAGUCCUGCCCCGCCUUCUCAAUCAGGCAGCACUCCUAAUGAAGACCCCUCCUCUAGAACCAAACCCCUUCUCAGGCCCAAACCAACCCGCCGGCACCACUCGGACUCCUCAGCCUUCGUCAAAUCUCUCCCGGCCCCUCUGCCUGCGGUGACGCUUGAGGAUCUGUGCGCCGUGCACCUCCGCCCGGUCGCCCACUCGAACGAGUCCGACGACGUCUUCAGCGAGGCGGAUGAAGAGGAGGUGAAGGCGACCGCUCGGCCGCGCAAAACACCACCGCCUGUUCCGCAGAAAUCCUCCAUGGCCAGACAAAUAGCGCAACUGAUUGCUCUUUCGUGGCAACGCUACACGCCUAAAAAUAAAGACAUUUACAACGGUGUGAAGCCUAAACCUAAACACCCCAAUCAGACUGUGAACGGCGGCGGCCUGCAUGCUACAAUAACAGUUCUCCGUGUUGGCGCAGAGCUGCGUCUGGACGCCGGCUGCGAGAGGCAGAGCGCCACUCCGCGCUUCCCAGGCAGAGAAAUCUGAGACCUUCAUCCUUCAGCCUCCGACACCUUCUCCUACCAGGCGGUGUGAAAUCCCUCACAGAUGGUGCAUGUAGAUGAGGAUGGAACACUAUAGGCAUUUGAUUUUCAUUUCAUUUUUUUGUUUGUUUUAUUUGUUUGUUUUAAAUCAAGGUACUGAAAUUUCUGCAUAUGUCUGUUAUUACGCCGGUAUUCUUGUAUUGUGUAGCUUUUUUUUUUUUUACCGCUUUACCGACUUCAGUCCUGUCGGAUCUCGGCUGUAGACAUCUCACCGACUCCUCUCUGUUGUGGAAAUGUGACUUUGUUCUUCCUCUUCCUCUGCUCUGAGGGGGACGUGGGCUCGUGUAGGAAGAAACAAACCCCGGCAGUUGUUGCAUGUGUUUCCUGCUGACUGUUGAUAGAGAUCAUUAAUCACUAAGUUUCCCUUGAAGUUACUGUUGCAUAUCUGCCUGUACACUCUAUGAAAUUUGCCUCAUGUGUUUCCUUGACAGUAUGUUACUUGAAUUAAAAAUAUAAAUAAUAUGUAUAAUAUAAUAAAGUUGAACUUAUGCAGCAACACUGAUAUUAGUUGAUAAGUUAAUUACUGGAGUAGCUUAAGUGCGGUUUCCUGUCAUUACAUGAAUCUUUGUUUUUCAUUGUUGUUGGUUGAAUAAAUCGUCAACAGAGUUAAACUGAUGGUUGAAUAUAUCAUUUUGGUCAAA